AUGUCAGGGAUCGCGCUGCUGUUGCUCGGCAGCUUGAUAGGCAGCAUCACGGCUAUACCCAAGUACGACGACUUCAAGCCGAGCUCGAUCGAUUACAACGCCGAGAAAUCGGCAAAGUCGCAGGACCAGAUGGCCAUAGCCAGCCAGUCGAGAUCUCGCAACGAGGCCGCCGUCGACGAGGCACCCAAGGCCGCCAACGAGAUCAACGAGAGAUCCUCCGAGCCGAGAUUCGGCUACACGAACGUCGGCGACAGUACGGGUUACGGGGUAUCGAGCUACGCACCGGCGAGGAUCGAUCUUGGUGGACUGUUGCUCGGAGCUGUGAUCGGUAUCGGUACGAUUCUCGUUAUACCUAAACUACUCUACGUACUGUCCGGAUCCUACGGAGCUUACGCCAGAAGCGAAGACGGCGGAAUCGCUCAGAUAAUGACGCGCCUCGACGACGCUCUGGCCCACAGCGGGGUCGACUCCACGACCUGCAUGCAGCGAGUCGCCUGCUCCUACGCGAGACAGGCGGCCGAGUCGUUGGCCCAGAACCGAUCGGACGAGCAGCAGGGCGCGAUAUCGACCCUCGACAAGAUCGUCGACACUCUGUCGACCAGUCCGAUGUUCCGCACGGCGCUCCAGGGCACGGCGGUGCAGGAGGCCCUCGAGGCCGGCAGGACGGGUCAGAACUGCGCCAAGACUUAUCGGCAGUGUGGAUUCUCCGCCGAAACCAUGAUCGGUCUCAUGGCCAAAUUCGCGGCGGCAGCGACGGCUGUCGGAAAUAAUACCGGGGCAGCAGCUGCUGCGUGAUGUGUUGUAGACAAGGGCACGAUGGAAGAAUUUUCGCAUGAGGUGGUUUGAAAAAAAUAAAAAAAAUUGUCAUGGUUUUCUCGUUUACUUUUCCCGAUGCAUGGCGAAAUACCUAGCACGCUUUUAUAGCUUCAUUGCUGCACCGAUUUUUUUCUCAUUUUAACUUCCAACCUACUAACAUUGAUUAAUCAAACUUGUCCUCGUUUCGAUCUUCAAAUUAUUAGCAAAACAAUAAAAAGGGUAAUUCCAAAUUAUCAUGAUUGUAAAAUUAAAUUUACGUCAUAAAUCUUUAUUUAGAAUUCGAUAAAACUUUCAUGCGAAAAUUCUUUGGAUUUUGGCAGAAUAUAAGCCGAGCCGCAAUACUGUUGUAAAGAUAAUACAUUACAUCAUGUAUUGAUAAGACUUUAGAGCGAAGAUCUGUACUCU